AUGCUUCUUCUUUUUUGUUUCAUUCCAUUUUUCUUUUACUCAUCAUUCCUUUCCAUUCUCCUUCUCUCAUCUUCCUUUCAAUCCGCUUUUUUCAAUUUCUCUUACGUUCUUUCUUUUUCAAACUCUUUUUCUUUCACUUUCUUUCUUCUGUCUCUUUUCAUUUCCUUCAUUUGCUUUCUUUUUUUUAUUCCCGUUCUCAUUUCUUUCAAUUUCGUUCUUAUUUCCCUUUCAUUCACCUUUUCACGCUCCUUGUUUUUCUAUUUUUCCUUUUCCCUUCUUUUUUUUUCAUUUUUCUUCUUUUUCUCUUCCUUUCUUUCAAUUUACUUCUUCUUCCUUCGCCUCUUUUUUCUAGUUUCUUUCCCUGCUUAUAUCUUUCAUUUUCGUUUGCAUUGUCAGUCACUUUGUUUUUCAUUUGUUGAUAGUCAACAUGGAAGAAUUGGUGCUCGUACUAAUCGCAAUGAAUCUGCUGUUCAAGAUGAAGCAUCAAGAUAUUAUUAA